AUGUAUACUGUUAGUCUAAAAUAUUUAGAACGAUAUUGCUUAUGUCUUUUACUUUUAUAUGUUCCUGGUGCAGAAAGUUUUGAAGAUCUAAAAACUGUAAAUGGUGAACCUUGUAACACAUUCUAUGAAGCUGCCUCAGAAGAUUAUAUAAAACACCAUGAUGUUGAAACAGCUAUAUCCUUAGCUUAUAAUGAUAUUGACAAAAUGCUUCAACCAUUUCAAAAAUCUUUGUCUAAUACUUUUAAAAUACAUCUACCUAAAAUAAAAAAUCACACAUAUUCCACUGAAUCUUUUAAUAAGCAAGAAGAAAUCAAACUAGGGCAAAAAAUAAUUGCUACAAACCUUUUGCCAAAUAGUACAACUGUUCAUAGUCAUUUCAAAUUAUACCUAAAUUUAUCUAAUGAAUCAACACUACAAUUGUCUGCAACUAGCCAAGAAGCUAAAAUAAUUCGUCAAACAAAAGUCUUUAUUUGGGACGAAGCUCCUAUAGCUUCAAAUCAAGCUUUAGAUAUUAUAGACUCUGGAUUACAUGAUCUUACACAAAAUAAUGCACCUUUUGGUGAAAAAAUUAUGAUUUUAGGAGGAGAUUUUCGACAAGUUCUGCCAAUUGUAUAA